AUGCAGGACAUUUCACAUGAACCUUCCUUUGCUUCUGGAGGAACUCUGCGACCCUCGCUGCUGUUCGAGACCUCGCGAAACCGGUCAUACGAAGAAUUAGUCAAUUGUCUACCGGCCAAGCCCGUAGUCGACCGGCUAGUGAAUUUAUUCGUCCACGGUUCGGACAUACCGACGCUUCCCAUUCAUUUCCCAGUGUUCCUGAAAGACUAUCAGCUUUUCUGGGACAAGCCAGGCCGCGUGUCUCUACCGUGGCUUUCAGUUCUAUUUUCCAUCAUCACUCUAAGCUUGCAAUAUUUCCUGAGAUCUGGAUCGGCAAUCGAGGGAAUUCCCUACCCAGAACCUGCCUGCAGAAAAUUUGCCUCCAAGGCAGCGGAAUGUCUGAGGACGUUUGAUUAUGCUAAGCCCGCGCCUCGAACUGUCGAAGCUAUGAUAAUGUACAUGCUUUGUGAACACAUUUGGCUGGGGGAAUAUCGUUUCAGGGCUUCUCUUAUCCUCAGCUUGACCAUACGGCUGGCCAUGCGAGCCGGCUAUCACCGGGACCCUUCGCACUACAGUCAAAUAUCUAUUUUUGAAGGUGAGGUACGACGGAGGUCGUGGUCGUAUCUGGUUCAGCUUGACAUCUUAUUUGCCUCGUAUCUGGGCCUCCCACGUCACAUAAGCGAUCGGCGAACCGACACAGCACUACCAUCAAAUAUUGCAGAUGAAGAUCUGCAACUUGAUAUAACAUCUUUACCACCUCUCCGAAAUCCCGAGGAACCUUCAGCCAUAUCAUUCCUAAACUAUAGGGAGCAACUUUGCAAGAUUCUUGGUCAGAUCACAGACUGCACUACUUCAUUCGAAGACCUCCCUUACGAAAAGGUCCUCGGGUUAGAUCAGGCUCUUGAUAGGCAAAUUGACGUCCGUCCAGCUUGGUUGGAUCCUCCACCACGUUUUGAGCUUCGUGUGAUGGAUGACCCCACAACUACGAACCAGGCAAUAGAAGGCGAUAUACUGGCGCAACGAGCGCGAAUUAUUCUCCACCGAAGAUUCCUUGUCCCUGCUCAUGCCAACUCGCAAUAUUUGCCCUCACGCAUCAAGUGCGUCGCAGCUGCAGCGCGAAUACUCCAGCAUCAAACCACGGUUUCCCAAAUCUCAUUUAAUAUCGAUGGUAUGAGCGUUCCGAAUUGGAGAGCUCUCUCCCUCAUGCACGAAGACUUUCUUCUCGCCUCCAUAAUCUUAUGCCUCCAUAUCGACCAAGAUAUACGCCAUGGGCGGAUAUCGCGACGUCUAGAAGAGUUCCCUAGCGAGGACGCUGAGCUACAAGAGCACCUGGGGCUGUUAAGAUCAUGUCGAAAGAUUCUGCUCGAUGCUGACAAGCCUAAUCGUGAUGCACAGAGAGCUGCACAGGUCAUAGAGGUUGUUCUUCUGAAGGCAUCCGGGGCUCGAAAUGCCAACCUGGACAAGGACGGCGAUACCAAGGGUGCGAUCACUGGAGUCUGCCCGGCUAGCUUGGGACCUGGUCCUGCCGACUUUGAAUCAGUUGGACCUGAAGAUGCAUCUUUUGGAGACCCAUAUUGGUUUGGAAACCAGGUGCCGAUGUUUUCCGAUUUGGAUCAUGCUUUUGCCAGCUUUCCAUCAGAUGAACAGUUUCCUUUCUUGGCUGGAUUUGAAUGA